AGAGCGGGGAUGCGCACGAGCACGACGACGAGGAGGCGGUUUUGAUUUUUGGAGGGCUUUUUUUUUUUUGAUUUUCUCUUCUCCUCUUUAUUUUCCCCUUCGUUGCGUGGUUUUCCUCCGCCAUCUCUCGUCUCGAAGCUUCUGGAAGCUUCGGGGGGAGGGAUCCGGUCCGGGCGCCCGCCCGCCCGCCCCCUCGCCUCGCCUCGCCUUGGGCGCCAGUGGCAUGGCGCUGUGGCGGUGUAGCUCCUCGUGGCUAUCGCGCUCGUCGCUGGGGUGGCCGCCCGCGGGGGGCGUCGGGGGCGGGGAGUCGAAGGUGUCGCCGGAGAUCGCGCCGGUGGACGCGGGGGAGGGGGAGGAGGAGGGGGAUGAGGAGGGGUGGUCGCUGCUGCUGCCGGAGCUGCUCACAGAGAUCAUGCGGCGGGUGGACGCCAGCGCCGAGCGGUGGCCGCCGCGGCGGGACGUGGUGGCGUGCGCCUGCGUCUGCCGCCGGUGGAGGGACGCCGCGGUCUCCGUCGUGCGGCCGCCGCUGGAGUGCGGGCGGAUCACGUUCCCCUCCUCGCUCAAGCAGCCUGGACCGAGGGAUGCGCCGAUGCACUGCUUCAUCAGGAGGAACAAAAAGAACUCAACCUUUUAUCUUUAUCUCAGCUUAACGCAGGCCCUAACAGAUAAAGGGAAAUUUCUGCUGGCUGCUCGAAGGUUCAGAAACGGGGCACAUACAGAAUAUAUCAUCUCUUAUGACUGUGAUGAUCUAUUUCCAGGCAGCAAUUCAUAUGUUGGAAAACUGAGAUCUGAUUUCCUUGGUACAAAGUUUGUCGUCUAUGAUAGCCAGCCACCAUAUGAUGGUGCUAAGCCCUCACGGAACCAAUCAAGUCGUCGCUUUGCAAGCAAACAGAUCAAUCCAAAUGUUUCAGGCGGUAAUUAUGAAGUUGGACAAGUUUCAUACAAGUUCAACUUCCUCAAAUCAAGAGGGCCAAGAAGAAUGCAGUGCAGUAUCCAGUGCCCUGUGGGUCAGAACACUGCGUCUGAUCAAUUGAAGGACAAGCAGUUGAGCACCUCAAGUUCCUUGGUUCUAAGAAACAAGGCGCCACGAUGGCACGAGCAUCUCCAGUGCUGGUGCUUGAAUUUCCAUGGCCGGGUGACGGUCGCCUCCGUGAAGAACUUCCAGCUCGUCGCCCCAGCUGGAACCAGUGAUCCAUGGGGUGUUGGAGACGAGGAGACGGUGAUCCUGCAGUUUGGUAAGAUUGAGGAUGACGCAUUCACAAUGGACUACCGGCAGCCGCUGUCGGCCUUCCAGGCGUUCGCCAUAUGCCUCACAAGCUUCGGCACGAAGCUGGCCUGUGAAUAAGUGUAACUUUGGGGGGUUGAUGAUUUACCGUGCAUAUGGGAUGAUCCCCCCGUUGUAGCGGAUAGCCUGAAGGCCUGAACUAGCGCCCCUGUUGAUCCAGGAGAACAUAUAGGGUGUAAAAAAGGCAACAGGGGCACAUCACAGUGUCCCUAACUCGACUCUCUUCUCUUCCUCCCUCUCGUCUGAUGAUGUGGAACUUUUGGUUGUGUGAUCUCGGAGAGAUGAUGGUAUUAACUCUUUGUUGUAAAUGGCACUCCUCCCUCGCUGAUUUACCCGUGCAUAAUGUAUACCAUUCUCCGGUUGAAUC